AUGGGAAAGAAAGCUGCUGAGGCCCACAAAGAGAUAUGUGAAGUUUAUGGUGUUGAUUGCAUAACAGAUCGCACGUGUCAGAAUUGGUUUAAAAAAUUCCGUUCUGGAGAUUUUUCACUCAAAGAUGACCAACGUUCUGGUCGACCUACUGAAGUUGAUGAUGACCAAAUCAAAGCCAUAAUUGAAGAGGAUCGUCACAUAACUGUUCGAGAGAUUGCAGAGAGGUUAAAUGUAUCGCAUACAACAAUUGAAAAUCACUUAAAAUGUCUUGGACUCGCUAAGAAGCUCGAUAUUUGGGUUCCGCAUAUAUUGAAAGAGAUUCACUUAACACAACGAAUCAAUAUUUGCGAUAUGCAUCUCAAGCGCAAUGAAGCCGAUCCUUUUUUGAAACGUAUCAUCACUGGUGAUGAAAAAUGGGUCAUGUACAGUAACAUUAUUCGAAAACGAUCAUGGUCCAAGCGUGAUGAACCAACACAAUCCACAUCUAAAGCUGAAUUGCAUCAAAAAAAGACGAUCAAUUCAGAUGUUUAUUGUCAACAACUAUUGAAACUGGAUGAAGCAAUAAAAGAAAAACGGCCAGAAUUGGCAAAUUGCAAAGGAAUUGUGUUCCACCAUGAUAAUGCAAGGCCUCACACAUCUUUAGUAACUCGUGGGAAAUUAUUGGAGCUUGGUUGGGAAGUGAUGUCGCAUCCCCCAUACAGCCCUGAUAUGGCACCAUCUGAUUACCAUUUAUUUCGAAGUUUGCAAAACUCUUUGAAUGGUAAAACUUUUACAAAUGAUGAUGACCUUAAGUCGCACUUGGUUCAGUUUUUUGCUGAUAAGGACCAGAAAUUCUAUGAACAUGGAAUCAUGAAGCUGCAAGAAAGAUGGCAAAAGCCAUAA